CGAAGCGGCUUGCGUAACUCGAUUUCUCUCGUAUCCUCGGCGAUUCUGAAUCAGUUCGCGAAUGAUUCGACGAUUUGGCGAGCAAAGAAGGGUAGAAUUUCGGCUUGAAACGCAGUUCACGUUUUAUUGGUCAGGAUUUAUUCUGUCCUCCCCUGAAGAAUAUUCACUCGAACGUUCGCUUUAACGCUCGGUGUAUUUAAUGGCGUCGUGAAAACUUGGCCGUUAACCUUGAUGAGAAACGAAGUAUAUCUACCUGUCGUUUAUUUCUUCCAGCGGGGAAACCUCGUGUUGCAAAACCUGGACUUUUAUUGUAAAUCCCCGACAAUUCUAAAUAACGUUAUCCGACGUUCAUCGUGUUUUCCCAAACGUCUGCGUUUUAUUUGUCAAACAGCAAGAAAUUAAACCAAAGAAGUGCCCGAAGAAGAGUGUUUCCUAACCCAGAGAGCAAACUAACGUAAAUAUCAAUCGAAACGAGAUCAAGAAAGUAUAAUAACUACCAGCGUUCGAGACUUGAAUACAUGGAACAGUCGUCUCUUAUCAUCGAGGGAGAUUCUCAUCGACAGUUCAAACAACGAUAAUCGAAGAACAAUCCUCCAGAUGAAAUUUCGCAAAUCGUCCGCGUCCAGCCCGAAAAUGGAACUGCUCUCGAGGCGUUCGUCGAGCGACCGGACGUCGACCCUGAAGCGGUCGAGGUCGUUCCGGGCCUCGAUGAAGCUCAUGUCGAAGCUACGAGCCCACGCGAGCCUCCGCUUGAACGUCGGCUUCGAUCUCUCGCCUUCGGUGUCGUCGCGCGGCACGAAGAAACAACGAAACAAAUCAUCCGCGAUCGAGAAAGAAGAUCCCGGCCGAAAGAAGAGCUCGAUCGCCAGUGAUCUGAAGAGCAAAUUGCGCCUCACCGAGAGAAUCGAGGAGAGGAACGAUGACACCACCGUGUCUCCUCCGUUCGUACCGCGUGUAUUUCGCUGGACCUCGGUGGCCAACGGCGUGAAAGAGAACAAUAGCGUUUGCCCUGGCGACCACAUGUCCUACGAGAAUCCUACUUUCCGGCUGGACAGCUCUUUGGACUCGUCCGUGUCUGGUUUCCUGUUCGAAACGGUGGCGAGCGUGGAGGAACCUCUCGAGGAGGAACCUCGUCCAUCGGAGAGGAACCUCGAUGAUGGAUUAACGAUCGUCAUCGAUAACGACUCGAACGAAACCGUGCCGGCUGGGACGAGUCUCGUUAAGAAGAAUCGUCCGGUGUUCGACGCGACGAAAGGAAGAAGCUUGUCGGUGGACGACGUGGUGUUGCAGAACGAGGAAGCGGCGAGCAGCCUGGUGUUGAACGCCGUCGACUGGAAGAGCGAUCACGCGAUCGAGAAGGUGCUGAAGAACGAGAAAAUUCGAAAAUCGUCGCCGGCAUGCUCGUCGAGGUCGUGCAGGAUACGAACGGUGGACAAUAUCGCGAAUUUUUGGACCAACGCUCGCGGCGGCAGCUUUCGUAACAAGGUGGGCAGGAAGAAGUCGAUGAGAGACUCGAGGGAGCCCGAAUCCAUGGACGGUAGGGUCGUUUUCACGACCGCUUCUGGAUCAAAGCUGUACUCUUUGCAAGGGAUGGAGUUCCUGGAGGGUUUCGGGAAGAAAAAGCAUCAGGCAAAUCAGCAAUCGAACAAUAUCUCGUCGGUGCACAUCAAUCCCCUAACAGCACAGUCUCUCAACAUACACUUGCAUGCCCUCUUCGCUGCAGUGGAACAUGGCCACCUCGACAAAGCCAGAACAAUUUUGGAGUCGACGGACGUGGACGUGAACAGCGUCAACAGCGACGGCCUGUCACCCCUGGACGUUGCGGUGCUCAGCAACAACAGGCCGCUUGCAAAAAUGCUGGUCGCGUUCGGCGCGCAGGAGGGUAACCAGUUCAAAUCUCCAGAAUCUCUGGGCACUCAUUUGGCUUCGUUGCUGUUGGAAGCGGAACACAGAGUUCAAGAACUCGGCGGGAGCACUUCCGGCAGCGGCGGGACUACCCUCCUGGAACCACCGAGCAGUCAUAGAUCAAGUUUUUCGUCGCAGCACAACAAUCUGACGGGAUGCGGCGGUAAUAACGAGGACAAGCAACUCGCUCUGUGGGAAAGAAGAGCUAGAGCGCUUAGAAAAAUGUUGCUUGGAUUCGAUCAAGCGAGGCCGCCAGACAUGCCGUUUUUGGUCGCAGUGGACGUGACGGGGACAAAUUCUGUAACAGUGAGGUUUCAAGAGCCAGAUUCCCACGACUCUCCUAUCUGCACGAAAUUUAAAGUUCAAUGGAGCGUCAAGGAAGAUUUCUCAGUGAUCUGCGGCGAGAGGGAGGUCCUAGAUAUGAAACAGAGGGAGUGCAGGAUCGAUGAUCUGAUUCAGGGACAGAAGUAUUACUUUUGCGCGGCUGCUGGCAAUUUGAAAGGCUACAGCAGAUUCAGGAACUCGACUCCUGCCCAUGUAACACCCAGCAGCUGGAGAGACAUCGAUGGCAGAGUGCCAAGGUUUGCCGGCCGAUUGGAGCAGUUGAAUACUUUAUUCACGGACAUAAGGCGACCAGAGUACACUCAAGAGACGCCAGCCGUGCAGAGGCGUAAUCACAAGAAGAAGACAACGAUAAAGCAGCUCUUCACGGCCACCAGCAAGUUUCAGAAGAAUUUGAGGCGCGGCGUGUUUCUUGCUUGUCUAUUGUACCACGAGGAUAAAAUAUUGGUAACGAACGAGGAUUUCUUGCCUGUGAUCGAAGUCGACGAGACUUACCCUAGUUGUAUUUACAACGACUUCCAUUGGCUUAUGAAAGUGGGCUGCACUUGGGACGAUGUUAAAACUCUUCGGCAAGAUAUGGAGAAGAGUCACAGCAGCUCGACCAAUCACUUCAGGAUAAAACUUUUACAGGCUGCUGCGCAGAUGCAGGCAGCACUGUGUAUACAAGACCUUGGUCAACUGUACCAUAAACCCAUCAGAGACGUUCAAGGCACCAUGGUUUUCUCCACGGUGAAUUACAUAAAAUUCCCAAAGUCAAUCUCGGUGCUGAACAGCAGAUGGUUGCCGCUUAGCAAAGUCACGAAAAAAGUCAUCACUCAUGAAGAUAGUAACGUGGCGGAUAUUUUAAUUGCCAGUAUACAGGAACAGAUGACCUAUCAUCAAGUCAGCAGUAUCAAACUGUCAAAGGGACUUUAUCUUGGUUAUUUGAAGAUGCAAAGUAGCGUUGAUCUUAUACAAGUCGUGGUACCCGCAAAAUCGCCUAAUGUUUUGCCUCAUUGCAAGAUUCGUGACAAUCCGCACGUUUCUGCUGAAGAGUGGGAUUAUCUGAAAAGGAUAACGCGCAUUCAUGCAUCAGACGCGUCGGUCAAAGAUUGCGAAGAAAAGGAGAACGUAACAAACGAGUCCCAAGGUACAGAACAGCAGAAAUUGUUCGUCGAUCUGGUUGCUGCUACAGCGAGGCGACUGUUCAAUUACAUGGAGAUCAGUCCUGAAGAUUCUUUAUUGCAUCGACUCUACGACGCCGAAGUUAUCGAUCUGACUCACGACGUGUCCUUUCUAAUUGCUGUGCCUCCAGCAGAAACCGCCUGUUGCGUACCUGGAACCAGAGAGAUCCUUCUUCAACGUGGUGACCUCCUGUCCUUGCCUAUCCAAGUGUUCGAGAUGGUCCACUUGAACACCUAUCAGAAAGAUGUGAUUAACAGAUACUCAAGAUUAAGUUGCAUCCUGGAACUCGACACAGCGCAAGCUCAAUAUAAUCAUAGAGAAGCGUUCAGUUCUCUGGAGUUAAGCGUGGCGAAGGAUAAGUUAGCCAGGCUGCAGGAUCUUCAGACUCAAGUGAACACCGUAUGGAAAGGAGCCAGGUGGCUCAUCGAUGUGAUCACGUUCGCUAGAGAUCGUGGGUCUUCCCAGCAGAGCAGUUCGUCACAGACAGUCGGAAUUUCCAUGAAACACUUGCUCAGUCUUGAUCGGAACAGAAGCAACAGCAAUAGCAACAGCCUGAAGAGAAGUUUGCUGCAGUUACCGCCGCGCGAUCCAAAGCUGGUGAAAUCUAGUCCAGGUCGAGGUAGCUGGCCAGGGCCUAACGUAUCUAAUUCCUCCUCGAAUCUACUCACCACCGAGUUCAGCAAAAGCGAACAGCAAUUACCUAGCGGCCAGUAUAUUCGCAAGGGCAGCAACACCUCGAACGUAUCGACCGGCUCAGAGCCCCCAAAGUCUUCUGUGCCCAUGAGCAGCACCAGCAAUCUGAGCAACACAGCCAGCGCUGGCAGCAACAACCAUCUGGUACCAUUGCAGAACACCAGGCUACCGCCAUCCAAAUCCGAGGACACUCUGAUCCUAACGAAAUACAAACAUAGUCCCAGAAAUAGAUCAGCUACGAUCACGUCCGCGUCGGCCAGCACCAGCCCGUUGCUCAGCAUAAAGCCAAUCAUUUACGGUGGCUCGCUGUUGAGCGUGUCCACAGCCAUGACGAACACGACGAGUUUGUUGAGCGUCAGCAACACCAAUUCCGACAGUUUGCACUCGUUAAGCAGCGACGAGUAUUCGACGCCCAACUCGAGCGUCUGCAUAAAGAGUGGGCUCGCGAAGAGCAAGUCGAGCAAGCCGACCGCUACCGUCGCGGCCACAGCAACCGGUUCGUUGGAGAGUCAAUUGGAGGAGGAGAAGGACGAGGCAACGAUGAUGCCGGCUCCUCUACCUGGCAUUCUUCAGGUAUACGCGGCCUACGAAACCGGCCUGGCUUCCGGCACCAGCCUGAAAUUACACGUCACCCCAAGGACCACGGCCAGAGAAGUUGUGAACCUGGUUGUGAAGCAGCUGAACAUGGCGGUGGUUUUAAAGGGCCAGGAGGGGCCCAUUUACACAGCCGACGAGCUGCCGAACUUCUGCCUGGUAGCGGUGAUCGGUGCCAGGGAGCGUUGCCUGAGGGAUGACUUCAAGCUGCUGCAGCUUCAGAAUCCGUGGAAGAAGGGCAGAUUGUACGUGAGGCAGAAGCAAGACGUCCUUGCAGCCCUUGAACACAGCAGCAAACACACCGCGUAUUUAUAGCAUAAGUAACGAAAACGAAGGAGAGAAGAUUGUGAUUAGAACGGACAUCGGGGAAGAGGGAACGUGUCUCAGAGCGAUUCACGAUGUCUAAACCAAUGUAACGAACGCUUUACGUCUCGUUAAUAAUUGGCGAUAGAAGCCAAAGAUCACUUAGUUGAAUGCGUUCUGUGUCUCAUGGUAAUUCGACGUCAGUUAGAUAAGACGCAGUAGAUACUCUUCCGUAUUGUAUUCUCCUGUUUUCUCUUGUUCAAUUUAGUACAGGACAAAGGACGUAGAUUGCCGGUGAACCUCGCGAGACGCAGAAUGCACUCGGUUGUACAUAAAAUAAACGCUUGGCUACACGAUGAGACGUUUUUUAGUUAUACCUCUCGAGGCUCUAAGUAAAUUAUGUGUAAUUAGGUAGGGGAAUGAUAGGGAAGAUACGACGAUCGUCUGUAACGACGGGAAUGUUUAAGUUGCUUGCGUUCCAGACGACCCAGAAAAUACAUUCCAAAUGAGUUUUCGAAUCCGGCUGCUGUAAUUUCUCGCCGAGGCAGUGUCGCAAAGAAUUGGAUAAUACUCAUGGUAUAUUAUAUAUUGUUAUAUUUUAGGUACUGAUCUCAGUGUUUUACUCGAUAUAAACGCAUCACACCGAUAUAAUAAAUGCGCCAAAUGCUUAAGAAAUUUCAUUGUUGUCCUCAUUGUAUUCGACGUGUACAAGCUACCAUAUGUCAUUUCUUAUUUUUACUCUAGAGUUUUCCUUUUGUCCUCUCGGAUAGGAUCUGAUUUCUUGUACACGUCGAAUGAACUGACAGCAACAACGUUCGCAGAUAGAAGAAAUUUUGUAAUUAUAUUUUUUAAAUUCGUCUAACCGCUCAAGGAUUUAUUUCAAGCAAGUUUCGCUUGGCCGAGUCUUUGUCAACAGACUUCAGUGAGGUACACAACUCUCGAAAACGAUUUCUUCUCUGUAAUUCGGAUUUAAUUUCAUCUGUUAACGUUAUUGUUAACCUUUUUAUCAAUGUGAGAAUUUUUUUUUUUUUCUUUACCAUCCACUUCUCAUUUGUAAACAAUGAGAACAGUGAAAUGCGUCCUAAACAUUAACUAAAAGAGAAUCAACUCAAAGUUAUUAGAAGAUGGCGAGUAGAGCAGAUUAUGAUUAUAUGUAAAAUUAAAACAUAGAAGAAGCGUGAUCCAGAUAAAAGAGGCUUAUAGACUGUUGCGUAGAAAUAAAAGAGUAUUAUUACGGUU